UGCUCGCAAGAGAACACGAGUCGCCAAAGAAACUGAAUACAAUGUUGAUGACCUGCCAGAGUUUAAGUUUGAUGAUAUUACCACUCCUGCACAUGAGAUGUUGGCUGCACAGAAGGAGGUUCGGAAGUAUUUAAGAAAGAUGCUGUUUGAAAUACCGCAGUUGACUGAAUACGCAACACCCUUCGUGCCCCCUCAAUCUUCGCAACUCCUCUGUUUCAAAUCAACCUAUUAUGUGGGCGAACACAGCCCUCUCCAGGAGAAAGCCGUGAUGACUGUAAACUAUCGUAAACUUGCUCGUCAUUUGAACUUGACUGACGCUCAGCUACACAAGUUACUGCUGUUAUGUGGUCCGCGAGUAGACACACGGACAAAAGAGAUCAAGUUUUCGUGCGAAAGGUUUCCGUACUUGGCGCAGAAUAAGAAGUAUUUGAGCGAUUUGUUGAAUCGCUUGAUCGAGGAAGCAAAGAAUCCAGAAGAUACUUUUGCUGACAUUCCACUCGAUACAAGACAUCUGAAACCGGAGAGACGAAGGUUAAAAUUUCCCAUGGAAUGGCUGUUUCCGGAAGAAUAUCAGGCAGUAGCUGGGGCAGCGGGGGAGGCAGCGGGGGAGGCAGCGGGGGAGGCAGCGGGGGAGGCAGUGGGGGAGGCAACGGGGGAGGCAGCGGAGGAGGCAGCGGAGGAGGCAACAGUUGAAGCAAAAGAUCAGACAGAAGGUCAAGCGGCAGGUCAGGCGACACAUCAGUCAUGA